GAUGGAAUGUUUUACUGUUCAUCGCCUGCAAAUGCCAUCACAUAUUAUUUUACUGUGUUCUGCUAAUGCCGAGUUUCCCGAAGGAGUAUUUAUAUACCCAUUAUACAUCAAACGUUAUAUUGAGUCUGUUACUAAGUAGUGUGUAUGGCCUACGGUCUUCUGAAUCGUUGGUUGGCUGGCCAUGUUCCCCAAUACCCCCACAACCAACAGAACUCUUCUCGUCCUUGUAAUGAGUGUACGAGCGUGAAUCAAUUUUAUCAGGAGAAUCGGAUAGUCGAAACCGACUCGCUUGGUUACAUUUGUUGGUAGCUGUUAGCUAUAGGCAUCAGGAGAGGUUAGUGGUUAAACAGACUGGUGGGCUGGAAUAAAGGAUGACAGUCGACUCCUUUCAUUGUUAAUACGCGCGGCAAUGACAGGAAUUCAAGGCAUGCGUGACCAUAGACUCAGACAACGAUUGCCGUAAUACUUCAUAACAUUUGAAGGAAGUGUUUAUUAUACCCUGUGGUUACCUGGUUAAAUUCGUCACAGGUGUGUAUUGGAAAGUGUGUUUUUGGCAGGCGUGUAUUUAACACGCGUGCAUUUGACAGGUGUGCAGUAGACAAGUGUGUAUUUGACAGCUUUUCAUAAACUCUUAACUUUUUGCAAUAACAUAUAUAUAAUAUAACCGGCGAUAGGAUUACCCAAGUCAGCUGUUCAAGGACCCACCCAAAGCUGACGGUCGUCAGUUGAUAAUUUCCUAGUGCUCAGAGUUCAAGCAUGGGUACCAACGGUAGCAAAGAGGCCAAAAAACCAAAGGAAAAGAACCCUGUGGAUAAAAAAACGACACCCUUGGACAAACAGAAAAAAGAAAAUGCCAAAUUACUGGCACAGCGGAUGGAAUCAGUGACGUCAACGGAUGAACCAGAUUCAGUGGCUAUAGAAGAGAACGCUCCUGUUGACGAGUAUGAUGGUUUAGGGGACAACAUUUUUCCGUUUGAGAACCUUGUGUUUGAAGGCGGUGGGGCUGAAGGGGCCGGGUUUUGUGGUGCCUUAAAGGUUAUCGAGGACCUUGGAUUCAUGCAGAACAUUAAACGUUUCGCUGGGACCAGUGCUGGAGCAAUUACGGCAGCUUUAGUGGCAGUCGGCUACACUUCCAAGGAAGUAGACGAAUUCCUCAGUCAAGAUCUAAAUACUAUUUUAUUAGAUCAUAAAUGGGGCAUUCUCAGCUUGUUACCGAGUCUGCGGAAGGAUUUUGGUUGGAACCCUGGCAACCGUUUCUCUAACUGGCUCGGUGGGGUUUUGGCAAAAAUUAUGGGGGACCCGGAUGUCACCUUCGCACAGUUAUACAAGAAAAGAGGAGUAGAACUUUGUGUAGUAGUCACCAAUGUCAGCCGCAUGACGGAGGAAUAUUGUCAUCCGAAAACAACACCUCACAUGCCGAUCCGGACAGCAGUACGAAUGUCUAUGUCCAUUCCAGUUUUAUUUCAAGCGGUGAAAUACGAUAAGGCCGGCGACGAGGAUGUGUUUGUGGACGGUGGGAUCAUGUGUAACUUCCCUAUACACUGUUAUGAUGGCUGGUGGCUAUCUAUGGAACCAGGAGACACGUUCCUUGAAAGACUCAAACCACUAGACAAACUACCAGGUCUUCUAGCCAGGGACGGCAGAUUCGAAGGCAGGAAUUCCAAAACGCUAGGAUUUCUAGUGUACGAAGACCUAGAAGAAGAUUUAUUCCGAUUCAGUAUGGAGAAGAGAUAUGGGAAACAGAUGGGGAAAAUACCUAAAACCUCGCUCUCAAAACGGAAACUGAAGAAGAAGGCGUUACAAAGCGUUGCCAAGAAAGAACACCAAAAGAUUAUGGAAGCAUUCACCGAUUUUUUCGAAAUACUGCGUCAUCAUGAUCUCAACAGAAACGGUUGUAUCAGCAAAUCAGAACUCGAGGCAGCGUUCACAGACAUAUCGGACGGAAUCAAGGAAACCUUGUUCGGCCCGGAUAUAACCGCGGAUAAGGCGUUCGAACUGUUGGACAGCAGUAAAGACGGAGAGAUUCAGUUCCAGGAGCUAAUGGAUUUCGCACAGAGUAAUGGCGUCUACCUUUUAGAGCGUUACCUUGGUUAUAGUAGACAGGAAAUCACCGACUUCCAAUCAUUCACGCAUGCGCUGCAGAACGCAUUGCUAGUCAACGGCAGCAGAAGAUACGUCGAGGAAAAGGAUAUCGACCGGUCAGUUGGAAUCAACACGGGUCACGUAGGGGUGAUGGACUUUGGUAUGGAGGUAGCGGACAAAGACUUCACAGUGGAGCAAGGACAAAGGAGUAUGGUGGUGUUCCUCAAACAUUUUGUCAAAACGCAUGAUCUUCCAAAACGCGAUAAAACCGAGACGAAGCAGAAGGAAAAUACGACGGGAAAAGGUGAGGAUAAACACGAAGCAGGAAAUGAAGACUCUGAAUCUAAUGCUCACAAGCCAACAACAGGAGCUAGCAAUGAUGACAAAACGCCCGAGGUUAACAACCCAAGUGUGAAAACAGAAACACCAGAGGUACGUUCAACAGAAGAAUCGACAGAAGUUGUAACUAAAGAAACUGAACCCGAAUCAAUCCAGAUAGUGAUACAGAAUGACAAGGAAAAUGUUUCCGAGGAGGCGUCCACCAAGGGAGAAUCAGAGACAUAGCCAGUUAUCUUGACGCCAGAAACACAGUCAUACCACUGGUCCAGUGUUCGGGUUUCUCGCUCCAUUACAUGUAUGACCAAUUUCCUUCAAACUGCAAUAUGUUAAUUUUAUAUUUGCACACUUUUAAAGCUCCAUGUUUGCAAAUGUUUUGUAAAACUUACUUCAAUAUGACUACAAAUAGCAAUAGGCACUUAAAUGACCUUACAACGGACACGUUAACCCAUGGGAUUACAUUAGAUGCUAUCUAAGUCCUUGGUUAACCGGAACAUGUAUCGACAAAAAACCCACUCAGGCGGUUAGUGAAUUAUGAUACCUCUGUCAUAGCGUACUUUUAGUACUCUAUGACUUUUUUUAUAAGACACAUUUAAAAGAGAUUUCCUAGAACAAGAAUGAACAUCAUUAGAAACUUAAUAUUGCAAACAAUAAUUAUUCUUUAAAAGUAACUAUUUAAUAAAUAUUUAUCAAACUUAACAGUGUACUCUUCUUUUAGAGAGGAACAUAGUAUCCAGUAUACCCAGCUAAUGAGCUAGUUCUUAUAGUCCUGUAUCAAUUAUUUUAUAUAAUUUUACUUGUACAUAGUUUUCAUUUCAGAAACAUUCAAAAUGUGGAUAAGAUUAUCAUUCAUACAAUACACCAUAAAAUAUAUCAUACAAAAACAUGAAUAUGACACACCGAUUUGAAAUAUUUGUUUCGUAUUUUCUUUUACUUGUUAUGAAUGUUUACACUUGCCGAUUUCAUCGCACAGCGUUAUAACUGGAUCCUUAACAUAACAAAUGUGCUUGCAAUAAUAAUCAUGAGAGAGCGUGAAUGUUGUGUGCGUUUAGAACCUAAAUAAUACUACAAUAAAAGAAUUGUUCAAUGUUCAUUCAAUUUUUUAAAUGUUUAUUUUUUAUGACAAUGUAAGUAUUUCUUCAUACUUCGUUUUGUUAAAUAUCACCUAGAGAGCGGAGGGUGUGAUAGCUGUUGGCUGACGUGGAUUUUAAGGUGCUUGCUUACAUGUACUUCUGCUUACUUGUGAUACGUUGUUGAUAGCUGUACUAUUUUAAAUUGCUUAUAAAAUCAAAAAAAUAC